UGACUUACCAUAAAUUUUUAUGUUUAAAAUAUAAAAAUAUUUUAAUCAUUUCAAAAAGUGAUAACUUAUCUAUGAUAUCACAUUGUCAUUGGAAAAUGAUGAGAUUUUUUAAAAAGUUAUAUAUUUGAAUGUUUUGCAUUCAUUUGAAACAUUUUAAAAUAUAUAUAUAAUUAAUUUAUUAGGUUUACAUUAAUUAGUUUACUAGAAUCUAUGAUUUAUUGUAUUCACUACUAAUAUAAAUAUAUUAAAAACCAUUUUUAUAAUUGUUUAUGUAGUAUCAUAUGUAUUUAAAUGUAUAUUAUCAAUUUAUAUAAUGUAAUCUAUGAUAUUUAAUUUUUCUAUAAAUAAAUUAUAUUAAUUCAUCUAUAUUUAAGAUGUUUAAUUGUAUGUUUGGAAACAUAUAUUAGAUUAGGUAAUUCUAGGAUUAGUUUCUUUUAAAGAAUUUAAUUAAAUAAAUUAAAAAUUAAAAAUCAUCAACCAAUCAAAUUAUAACAAUUAAUUGAAAAACUCUUUUAUGAGCGACACGUCAGCGGAAGUGAUUUUUCAAUUAAUAUAUAUGAUGAUUGUAUCUCAACACUUUUGAACAAAAGAAAUAUAUGGUUUCUGGACAAACCCGUUCCAUCAUUAUAAAUACAUCAUCUUCCUUCUAUUUCUCAGUCAUCUUAAGAUCUUUUUCUCUUCGAAUCUCUGAAGAAAUAAAAAUAAAAAGAAAACCAAAAAUGUUGCUUACAUUAUUAAAAUCUCUCCUCGUGAUAUUCAUGACCUCGAUACUGAGAGUUCUAUACGACACCAUAUCAUGCUACUGGCUAACACCUAGGCGAAUCAAGAAGAUCAUGGCAGGGCAAGGGGUAACCGGUCCUAAACCACGUCCACUAACCGGAAACAUCCUUGAAAUCUCGGCUAUGGUGUCGCAAUCCGUUUCUAAAGAUUGUGAUUCUGUUCACCAUGACAUCGUAGGCCGCCUUCUUCCGCAUUACGUCACCUGGUCCAAACAAUACGGGAAAAGAUUUAUAGUGUGGAACGGGACGGAUCCUCGGCUUUGCUUAACGGAAACAGAAUUGAUAAAAGAGUUGCUGAUGAAGCAUAACGGUGUAAGCGGAAGAUCGUGGCUACAGCAACAAGGGACCAAAAGUUUUAUUGGUCGUGGUCUCCUUAUGGCUAAUGGCCAAGAUUGGCACCACCAACGCCACCUUGCUGCGCCGGCAUUUAACGGGGAAAGGCUCAAGGGCUACGCAAGGCACAUGGUUGAGUGUACGACUAGGCUAGUGGAGAGGCUGAGGAAAGAAGUUGGGAAAGGAGGAGGUGAGGUGGAGAUAGGGGAGGAGAUGCACCAGCUCACGGCGGAUAUUAUAUCGAGGACGGAGUUCGGAAGUAGCUUUGAGAAAGGCAAAGAGCUUUUCAACCACCUCACCGUCCUCCAACGCCGUUGCGCUCAAGCCACCCGCCACCUCUGUUUUCCCGGUAGCCGGUUUCUUCCGAGCAAAUACAACAGAGAAAUAAAGUCUCUGAAAAAGGAAGUGGAACGUUUGUUGAUAGAGAUCAUACAAAGCAGGCGAGACUGCGCUGAGAUGGGUCGGAGCAGUACUCACGGCGAUGACCUUCUUGGCCUUCUCUUGAACGAAAUGGAUAGUCACAAGAACAAAAAUAACGAUAACAAUAAUCUUCAGUUGAUAAUGGAUGAAUGCAAGACGUUCUUCUUUGCUGGUCACGAAACUACCGCACUCCUUCUCACAUGGACAAUGAUGCUCCUUGCCGAUAACCCCACGUGGCAGGAAAAGGUUCGUGAUGAGAUUAGAGAGGUAUGUGGCUGCGACGGUCUUCCCUCGGUUGAUCAACUAUCCAAACUUACCUCGUUAAACAAAGUGAUAAACGAGUCAUUAAGACUUUACCCUCCAGCUACUCUUCUACCAAGGAUGGCAUUUGAAGAUAUAAAACUAGGUGAUCUAAUAAUUCCCAAAGGUUUAUCAAUAUGGAUACCCGUCCUCGCAAUCCAUCACAGCGAAGAAUUAUGGGGUAAAGACGCAAAUGAAUUCAACCCUGAACGCUUUGGAGGCAAACCAUUUGCGCCUGGCCGCCACUUCAUCCCAUUUGCAGCUGGUCCUCGAAACUGCAUCGGACAAUCAUUUGCGAUGAUGGAAGCAAAAAUAAUAUUAGCAACGCUAAUUUCAAAGUUUAACUUCGCAAUAUCAAAGAACUAUAGACAUGCGCCAAUAGUUGUGCUUACUAUAAAACCUAAGUAUGGAGUUCAAGUGAUAUUGAAGCCAUUUGACUCAUGAAGCUUUAAGAUUAAAAGAGUCAUUUGAAAUGCUUUGAUCAUACACUUGGGAAAAUAUUUUGGGGGUUGUUAAC